AUGAAGGAGGUGGAGAGCCCCGAUGCCCUGGAGCUGCUUGGGGACCUCUUGGACCUGAGUGAGGUGCCCAGAGCGCGCGUCCAUGGAGUUGGGGCGUCAGGCAGGCCCUGUCGGGGCGGCAAGGAAGGCCGGCAGGAUGUGGAGGCCUGGGGCAGGACCUGCAGCCCCUUGGACGCCUCCAAGCUCAAGUCCCCGGCCCCCAGCUCCUUCCUGUGUGGGCCGGGCAGCGGCCGAGACAGCCCCGUGGGGCAGACGCCCCCGGAUCAGGUCUCAUUCCCGCCCUCGAGGGCCUCCACCUGCCUCAACCCUGGCUCGGACCCGCAGCCGGAGGCCCUGAAGAAGGGGGACCACAGACCCUCUUCCACGGAGAGCCACCCCGGCUCCCGUGAGGGGGCUCAGACGUGUGGGGGUCUGGCGGAGGAACCCGGCAGCCCACCCGUCAGCCAGAGGCCCAGUGUCAUUCCUGAAAACAUUCGCCAUAAGUUUGGGAGCAGCAUAGUGGACCAGAUGGUAUCGGAGAAGCAGGCUCAAAAGGCCCUCAGCGAUGCCCUGGAGGGGCAGAAGAACGCUAACUCGCGGCUUGGCAGGCCCCAGGGCUCGGUGCCAGGGUCCCCCAGCUACGCAGACUACUACGACUUGGGUUACCACUCUCGGUCAAACCUGUUUCAAGGGGCCACGCAGGAGGCGAUGAGUCUCAUGAAAGCCUCCUACACCCCAGAGGUGAUCGAGAGAUCGGUGAGAGACAUCGAGCACUGGCACGGCAGGAAGACAGACGACCUGGGACGCUGGCACCAGAAAAACCUCAUGGACAUGAACCUGCAGAAAGCGCUGGACGAGAAGCAUGAAGAGAAAGGCAGGAGGAGCCUCAAGAGCUAG